AUGAAUAGAUAUUCAAAAAUUCUUUCGUCUUUCAUUUCUUAUAAUGCUAAAAAUCAAAUCAUUCUAGCUAGAUAUCAACAUACAUCAAUACCAAAACCAGUCACAUUAGUCGAAGAUGUCUAUAAUCCAUCAAAUGGAACAGCUGAUCCAGAGCGAUGUUUGAUCAUCGCACAUGGUCUUUUUGGUUUUCGUACUAAUUGGAGAUCAUUAGCAAAAGCUUUUAGUGAUCGUGCAAAUAUAAAAGUAGUCACAGUUGAUAUGCGCAAUCAUGGAGAUUCUCCACAUACAGCAUCUAUGACAUAUUUUGAUAUGGCGUCGGAUUUGAUGCAAACAAUUCGAAAACAUAAAACACCAAAAACAAUUUUAAUGGGUCAUAGUAUGGGUGGUAAAGCGUCAAUGCUUGUUGCUUUACAAGAACCGGCACUUCUACGAAAAUUAAUCGUUGUUGAUAUUGCACCAACCGUAAGUGCAUCUUUAGGUGAAAUUCCAUUAUAUAAUCGAAUUUUACUGGAUAAUAUCGAUAAAAUACAACACGAGAAAGAUAUAGUAGCGGCAAGACGUGCUAUGGAUAAAAUAUUACAAACAUCAGUUGAAUCAUUAAAGAAUAAAAGUAUUCGCGAUUUUCUUCUAAUGCUCAUUGUUCAUGAUGAAGCGAGUGGUCAAUUUGUUUGGCGAGCAAAUUUAGAAGUUCUUGAAGAAUAUAUGGACGAUAUUAUGCAUUUUCCCAAGGAAUUUGAUAAUGCAACAACGAAUGUUGAAACUUUAUUUAUUGGUGGAGGAAAAUCAAAUUAUAUAAAUGAUGAAGCAAUCCCUAUCAUGGAACGUUUAUUUCCUAAACAUCGUCUAAUUCGAAUUCCAAAUGCUGGUCAUUGGGUACAUUCAGAACGACCACAGGAGUUUUUAAAAUGUGUUUUACCCGAAUUAGAAAUAAAAUAA